UGCUCGACUGCACGCAUAAUAAGAGGAAAGUCUCUCGCUUCAUUUCAAACGGCAGGAUAUAUAUCUACUUAUAAUAGAAAUUAACAAGCUGCUCGUUAAAUUUGAGCAAGUUUGGCCAAGGAUUCUACUCAAAAAAUCCCGAUCUAGUUUCACAGCCUGUGAGGAUGUCUGUCACAUUACAUACCAACCUCGGGGAUAUCAAGAUCGAACUCUUCUGCGAAAGUGUCCCAAGAACAGCCGAAAACUUUCUGGCACUUUGCGCCUCUGGUCAAUAUGAUGGCACCCUAUUCCACAGGAAUAUUCGAGGAUUUAUGAUUCAAGGAGGAGAUCCGACAGGGACAGGAAAGGGUGGGCAGAGUAUUUGGGGAAGACCGUUUUCAGACGAGAUUAGGCAGACCCUGCGGUUCAACAACAGAGGCAUGGUGGCGAUGGCCAAUGCCGGUCCAGAUACGAACAAAUCACAAUUUUUCAUAACAUAUGCGAAGCAACCAAGCUUGGACGGGAAAUACUCUAUUUUUGGCAAAGUAAUUGACGGCAUGGAGACCCUCGAUUCCAUGGAAAAGACUCCUGUUAACCCCAAGAGCAGACCGUUACAAGAAAUCAAAUUGCUCAACGUCACCGUACAUGCCAAUCCCAUAGCAGACCAAGCAAAGGGAGGAUUAGCCUAGGCUUAUUGUGUAUGAAGGGAGUUAGAUUCAAGGAGAUGUGGGGGUGUCUAGACGGUAAGAACACACUAAAUUGUAAACCGGCGCAUCGAACAGAUGCAUUCUAUAGGUACAUUACACGCAAAACUAUUACAAAGUGCAGCUAGCUUGGUUUUUUUCGAUUACUCCCAAAAGGAUAUAUAUAAAAAGUAUCAUGAGUACCAAGAGUUACUUUGAAUUUUAAUCUCUGCGU